CAUCUAAAAGAAAAUCUCACAAAUAUGGCAUUACCACAAGACAAAACUAGAGAAGUACUCGCUGCUCAGGCACAUAUAUGGAACCAUACAUUCAACUUCAUCAACUCCAUGUCACUCAAAUGUGCAGUUCAACUUGGAAUACCAGAUAUCAUUCACGCUCAUGGCCGAGCCAUGACCCUCUCUCACUUGGUGGAUGCCCUCCCCAUCAACAACAACGCUAAAAGCCAGAAUUGUGUUUACCGUCUCAUGCGUGUUCUAAUCCAUAUGGGUUUCUUUAUUCAAACCAAGAGCAACGAAGAACAAGAAGAAGAGGGUUAUUUACUUACUCCGAAUUCACGUCUCCUCCUUAAAGAUGAGCCUUUGAGUUUAGUCUCCUUUGUACAGAUGGACCUAGAUCCAACUAUGAUGGAACCAUGGCACUCACUCAGCAAAUGGUUCAAGAAUGGUGACGACUCUAGUACUCCAUUUGCAACCGCUCAUGGCAAGGCGCUUUUUGAAUAUGCAGGGCAUCAAUCCAGGCUUAACCAUUUAUUUAACGAAGCUAUGGCUAGUGAUGCCCUGUUGGUCAUGAGCGUGUUGAUUAAAAAUGGUAAGAGAGUUUUUGAAGGAUUGAAAUCACUGGUGGACGUUGGAGGCAGCACCGGAACCGUAGCUAAAGCUAUUGCCGACGCAUUUCCACAAAUAAAUUGCAUUGUUUUAGAUCUGCCGCAUGUAAUUGAAGGACUUGAAGGGAGCAAGAACUUGAGCUAUGUGGGAGGAAACAUGUUUAAGUCCAUUCCUUCUGCCGGUGCAAUUUUACUAAAGUGGAUAUUACAUGACUGGAACGACGAAGAGUGUAUCCAAAUAUUGAAGAAAUGUAAAGAAGCAAUUCAAGAUAAGGAGAAUGGAGGAAAGGUGAUUAUCAUUGACAUGGUACUGAUGGAUCAUAAUCUACAGAAAGGAGAUGACAAGUCAUAUGAAACUCAACUUUUCUUUGACAUGACCAUGAUGACUCUCACUAACGGGAAGGAAAGAAGUCAACAAGAUUGGGCAAAGCUCUUCUCUAAUGCUGGUUUUAGUGACUACAACAUUAUUCCUAUACUGGGAUUGAGAUCCAUUAUUGAGGUUUAUCCUUAAUUAAAAUAUAUAGUCCUGUCACUAGAGGUUCAAAUAAUAGAAGAUUUGACCAAAGAUUAAUCUAGUGAAUGUUCAUUGCUUCCCGUUUUCAUACGUUACAAGAAAUGUAAUUCUUCAUUUAUGUAUGUUAGCAAUAACUAAUAAAGGUACCUGUUGUGUUUUA